ACGUUCUAAAGAGCACGAGCGAAACUCCGCCCUGUUGUCAGUGACGUCAGCACUAUCGCUUGUGGAUAGUGUAACGACGCCGCAGUCAGCGAGCUGCAGUGAGCAGGUACGGCUGAACUGUCACCUGGAUACGGGAAGCACACAUCGUCCGCUAUCCAAGGAUAUAUCUGGCGUUAUUUUCAUCAAAUCCAAAGAACACAGGGUCGUUCUCUUUUUUUUCGUAAUGCAUGAAGAGCAUUAGCUAGCCAGUCGAGCAGAGGGUCCCUCGCAUCCCACCUGCAGUCAUGAAUGGUGGUUUUAAUAUUUGGGCUAUAACUCCAGAAGAGAGAGAGAAACAUGACAAACAGUUUGACUCUCUGGCCCCAACUCUGGGUCAUCUGUCAGGAGAUCAAGCACGAACGUUUUUUCUGCAAUCUGGUCUUCCUACAGCAGUCCUGGCUGACAUCUGGGCACUGGCGGACAUGGGGAAGGAUGGGAAGAUGGACAGAUUGGAAUUCUCCAUCGCAAUGAAACUAAUUAAACUGCAGUUGCAGGGUCAGCCCCUCCCCUCCGGUCUGCCAAUCGUCAUGAAGCAGACACCUACCCCCAUUAUGAUAUCAUCACGUUUUGGAAUGGGCUCAAUGCCAAAUCUCUCUGCCAUGUCAGUGAUGCCCAUCAUAACACCCAUGCCUGCAGGCCCUGCUGUGACCCCUGUGGUCCCUGCACCCACCCUGGUGUCAGGGGUCCUGCCUCAGAUCCCCAACUCUCUCAGUGUGCCAGCCUUACCCAAUGGCAAUGCAACUCUCCUCACACUAACACCAGCAUUCCCAGUUUCCUGUGGUUUGAGCAAAUCUAACUCGAUGUUGGACCUUGGCUCUAGCAGUUCUAACUCUUCUUCCACCACCUCCCUUGCGAGUAACUCCCCUAAAAUGGGUGCAUCUGAUUGGGCAGUACCUCAGUCGUCCCGUCUGAAAUACCGACAGCAGUUCAACAGCCUAGACAAGCUGAUGAGUGGAUACUUGUCCGGUCCCCAGGUCAGAAAUGCCCUCACAGCCUCAAACCUCACACAAACACAGCUUGCCACCAUAUGGACUCUUGCUGAUGUAGACCGUGACGGGCGGUUAAGAGCAGAGGAGUUUAUUCUAGCAAUGCACCUGGUUGACAUUGCCAAGACUGGCCAUCCCUUACCUCUAACACUACCUCAUGACCUGGUGCCCCCCUCACUCAGAACAGGGAAGUUAUGUGACAUGCUGAAUGGACCUGUUCUUCUGAUCAACACUGAGCUGAUUGAGCCAGAACAGCCACAGAAAAGUAAAACUAAUGUGUCAUUUGAGGACAGACUGAAGGAGAAUUUUCAAAAAGGAAGUCAAGAGCUGGAAAAACGCCGACUGGCUUUGCAGGAGGAACAAAAGAGAGAGGAGGAGAGACUGAGAGAGGAAGAGCUGAGAGAGGAGGAGAGGAGACGACAGAAAGAGAGAGAAGAGAGAGAACGGAAGCAGAGAGAGGCCUGGGAGAUGGAGCUGAGGAGACAGAGGGAGGAGGAGAUGAGGAUAGAGAGGCAGAGAGAGCAGGAACGACAGAGAGAGGAAGAAAGACUGAAAGAAGUAGAACGACAAGAGGAAGCGGAACGUCAGAGGCGGAUAGAAUGGGAGAGAAGUAAAAGAGUGGAGCUUCAGACACAGAGAGAAAAAGAGCAGAGCGACAUACAGAAACUGAAGGACAAGAAGAGGAGCCUAGAAAUGGAACUGGAGGCUGUGGGUAACAAGCAUAAGCAGAUCUCUGAUUGUCUCCGGAAUGCCAAGAGUAAGAGGCAGGUCCAGAGGGCCGAGCUUGACUUGAUCAAUCAGAAGAUAGACAGUCGUGUUGUGGAUAUCAACUCUCAACAGUUAAAGUUUGAUGAAAUUCAGAGGCAGAUGAAUCGUUUUGGUCCUGAAAAGCAGAGAUUGACAGACAGACUGCUACAUCUCACCCAGAACAACACCAGCCCUUUGAUAAAUGAUGUGAAACAGAGUGUGUGUGAGAAAGAUCUGAGCUGUCGGAAGCUUAAGGAGCAGUUGGAUGCUUUGGAGAGAGAGACCACAGCUAAACUCUCACAGAUGGAACAGUACAAUAGAGAAAUCAAGUUUGUGGAAAUGGAUGACUGUGUGCUUCAAGGACUUCUCUCUUUGCUGGGCUGCUUAACCAAUCUCUUCCUUCUAAUAAAGGAGUUGAGACAGAGGCAAAACCAGCAGCAGGACGUCCUACAGCAGCUGAGAAGAGUGAGAUCAGAGAAACUGAAAGAGCUACAGAGACACAGGAAAGAGGAGGAGGAGAAGAGGAAACAAGAGGAGGAGGCUGCUAGAAAGGCAAAGCUGGAGCAGGAGCGUCUGGAGCAGGAACGUUUGGAGCAGGAACGUCUGGAGCAAGAACAUCUGGAGCAGAAACGUCUGGAGCAGGAGCGUCUGGAGCAGGAGCAUCUGGAGCAGGAGCGUCUGGAGCAGGAGGAGGCAGAGCGUCAGAGGAAACUUGUCCAGGAACGAGAGGCCAAACUCAAGGAAGAACAGCAGCGGCAGGCCCAAGCCCAAAUUCAGGAGGCCCAGGAGCUGGCACGAGAGAAAGAGGAAAAGAGAAAAGCAGAGGAGAGAGAGAGGGACAAGAAAGAGAGGGAGGAGAGAGAAAGGAAUGAAUUGGUGCUUCACACUCAGGCCUCCAUGUCAUACAAUAGCAGAGAGAACAAAAGUUUGCUGCCAGUGAUAACCACUGAAGAUACAUCUACUUUCCUCAUCACCUACAGAGCUCUCUAUCCUUUCACAGCACGCAACUCUGACGAACUCUCACUGGAGGCAGAUUGUUUAAUUGAGGUAAAUGAAUCAACAGUUAGGGAGACCGGCUGGCUGUAUGGGAGUUACCGUGGUAACAGUGGCUGGUUUCCAGAGAGUUAUGCUGAGAGAUGCAGCAAAGACAGUCAGACUGAACUGACUGCAGCUGUUACGCACUCCACAUCGUCCUCUACCAACAACCCUGGAAUUCCUCGGGUGGACAUAGAAGGACCAACACCAACACACACACCAACGUCUACAAACACACAACACUCACAGGCUGUAGCUUUGUGCGAAUGGAGUGCUAAGACUGAUAGUCACCUGAGCUUCUCUAAAGAUGACAUCAUUACGGUUCUAGAGCAGCAAGAGAACUGGUGGUAUGGAGAAAUUAACGAUAGUCUGGGCUGGUUCCCUAGUACAUAUGUGUCCAUGGUUACCACCAAUAACACACAGACAGAACCCUUGUAUUCUACUGUUGAUGAGAUUAAACUUUCAGAUUCUGGUCUGCUUGAGGAGUAUGUGGCUCUGUACACAUAUGAGAGUCCGGAGUCUGGUGACCUGACGUUCUGUGCGGAGGAUGUUGUCCUGGUAACAGAAAGGGAAGGAGAAUGGUGGAGAGGGUGCACCGGUGAGCAGUCUGGCCUCUUUCCUUCCAACUACGUUAAACCCAUAGAGCCUGAUACUGCCAAAGCUGGAGUUCUUUGCAAAAAGCCAGAAAUUGCCCAGGUAACCACGGUCAAUGUUGCAACAACCCCAGAGCAGCUGAGUCUCACGCCUGGUCAACUAAUUGUCGUGCUGCAUAAGAACUCAAACAGCUGGUGGCUGGGUGAACUACAGGCACGGGGUAAGAAGCGUAAAAAGGGCUGGUUCCACUCCUCAAAUGUCAGACUGCUGGAGGCCAACAGCGGCAAAAUAACUCCUGCACCUCAAGCAUUGUGCCAGGUCAUUGCAAUGUAUGAUUACAAAGCAGCAAAUGAGGAUGAAAUGAGCUUCCAAAAAGGUCAGCUGAUCACCGUCCACAACAAGGAUAACCCUGACUGGUGGAAAGGAGAGGUCGGUGGGGUCUUAGGGCUGUUUCCAACUAAUUAUGUGAAGAUGACAACAGAAUGUGAUCCCAGUCAGCAAUGGUGUGCUGAUCUGUUAAGUUUAGAGUCUAUGUGCAUUGAGGAGAGGAAGAGGCAAGGUUACAUCCAUGAGCUCAUUCAAACAGAGGAGUCCUACCUGGAGGAUCUGGAGCUUGCACUGGAGGUGUUCUAUAAGCCAAUGGCAGAAUCAGGGCGGUUGACGGAGGCUGAGAUGGGCAUGAUCUUUGUGAACUGGCAAGAACUGAUAAUGUGUAGCACCAAAUUCCUAAAAGCUUUGCGUGUUCGUAAGAAGAUGGCUGGAGAGCGGAUGCCAUUGCAGGUAGUGGGUGAUAUCCUGUCCUCUGAGCUCUCUCAUAUGCAGGCAUACAUUCGCUUCUGCAGCUGCCAGCUCAAUGCUGCAGCCAUGCUGCAACAGAAAACAGACAAAUCACCUGACUUCAAACUCUUCCUAAAGAAAAUAGCCAGUAAUUACCGCUGUAAAGGAAUGCCACUGUCCAGCUUCCUCCUCAAACCCAUGCAGAGGAUAACACGCUACCCACUACUUAUCAAGAACAUUCUGGAGAAUACCCCUGUGAGUCAUGCAGAUCAUGCAAACCUGCAGGCAGCGCUAGAGCAGGCCGAGGAGUUGUGCUCACAAGUGAAUGAGGGCGUGAGAGAGAAAGAAAACUCAGAUCGGCUGGAAUGGAUCCAAAACCAUGUGCAAUGUGAUGGAGUAAUUGAGCACCUUGUUUUUAACUCACUGACUAACUGCCUGGGCCCUCGAAAACUGCUGCACUGUGGCAAGCUGCAUAAGACCAAGAGCAGCAAGGAGCUGUGGGCCUUUCUGUUUAAUGAUUUCCUGCUCCUCACCUACACCUCCAAACAGUUCUCAUCUGGUGCAGACAAACUCUUCAACCCAAACUCCACUGCACAGUACAAGAUGUAUAAAACGCCAGUGUUUCUGAAUGAGGUCUUGGUCAAAAUGCCCUCUGACCCAUCCAGUGACGAUCCAGUUUUUCACAUCUCACACAUUGACCGUGUGUACACACUCAAGACUGACACUAUUAAUGAAAGGACCACAUGGGUACAGAAGAUCAAAGCAGCAUCUGACCACUUCAUAGAGACUGAGAAGUUAAAAAGAGAGAAAGCAUACCAAGCUCGCUCUCAGAAGAAUAGUGGAAUUGGGCGACUGUUAGUAACAGUCCUUGAAGCAACUGAGCUGAAGCCCUGCAAGCCAAAUGGCAAGAGUAACCCAUACUGUGAGCUAACUAUGGGUGCUCAGUGCUACACCUCCCGCCAUCAGCCCGACACGCUCAACCCAAAAUGGAAUUUCAGCUGCCACUUCUUCAUCAAAGACCUUUAUCAGGACGUCCUCUGCCUCACCAUCUUUGAGAGGGACCAGUUCUCUCCAGACGAUUUUCUAGGUCGUACUGAAGUUCCUGUUGCAACUAUAAAGAAGGAUCAAGAUGGUAAGGGUCCGUUGGUACGACGUCUGCUUCUUCAUGAAGUUCCGACUGGAGAAGUCAAAGUGCGCCUUGACCUGCAGCUCUAUGAGCAAACACCUCAUCUGUGAACUCCACAUCUGUUUUACAAUAACUUACACUUGAGCACUAGAACAUUAAACAGCUCAUUAAUACAUUUGGUUUAUUUCAUCUACAGGAUUAUAUUUCUAAAUUCUAUAUUGAGUACUUCAGAACUGUGUUUGGCUUUUUUAAUCUUGUUGUUCAGCUUAAGCUUUAACUGCAGACUCUCCAAGACUUUCCUUUGUGUUAUCGUUGGAUGCUGACUUUGAACAAAUCAUUAAUUAAAAUAGUGUUAAUUUGCGAAAUUAAAGGAGAGACAGCUCCUUUACACUGUGCGAAAUAUUGAUAUGGUGAAGGUGGACCACUUUACAAAUGUUUAUGUGCUUUAACAUGCAGACAGCCUUGUAGUUUCAUGCUAUUUCCUCUAAUACAUGCUCAUGAUGUCAAACAAUGGCUAAUCUUGGUUAAUAACAUGAUGGUUAGAAAAGGAACAGGCUGAUAUAUUGAACCUUUUUUUAAAUAUUUCCUUUAAACAUUGAAUGAGUGCACUGAACAUAUUCCUUCUGACAAGAAGUUUCAGUCUCAGCACUAUUUCAAGGCAGUUUCCUUAAAGAAAUGAACAUUAGAUCCUGAAUAUACAUUUGUUUUACUGGAGAAUCCCAAUUUUACUCUUUUUGUUCUUUGGUCAAAUUCUGACCUGUCAAAUGUCUGGUUUUAAAGCCAAAGCCACCAAAAUUGCAAAAUAGUUAGAAUAGAGCAGAGUUAAGAGUAAUCUGUAUUACUAUAGCUAGAGUACUCUGAAAUAUACACUCACUGAGCACUUUAUUAGAAAAACUAUGGCCUUAAUAAAUUGCCGAUGUGGUCUUCUACUGUUGUAGCCCAUCUGCCUAAAGGUUUGACAUGUUGUGCAUUCUGAGAUGCUAUUCUGCUCACUACAAUUGUACAGAGUGGUUAUCUGAGUUACUGUCGCCUUGCUGUCAGCUCGAACCAGUCUGGCCAUUCUCCAUUGACCUCUCUCAUCAAUAAGGCAUUUCUGUCUGCAGAACUGCCGCUCACUGGAUGUUUUUGUUUUUUGGCACCAUUCUAAGUAAACUCUAAAGACUGUUGCACGUGAAAAUACCAGAAGAAGUUACAGAAAUACUCAAACCAGCAUGUCUAGCACCAACAAUCAUACCACGGUCAAAAUAACUGAGAUCACCUUUUUUUUCCUUUCCCAAUCUGAUGGUUGAUGUAAACAUUAACUGAAGCUCCUGACCUGUAUCUGCAUGAUUUUAUUCAUUGCACUGCUGCCACACGAUUAGCUGAUUAAAUAAUCACAUUAAUAAGUAAGUGCACAGGUGCUCCUAAUAAAGUGCCUAGUGAAUGUAUAUUCUAUAGCAGCCAAGAACAAAUCUUGCAGAAAUGAAGUCAAAAUUAGACUUCUGGUUUUAAACAUGUUUAUAUAUUUAUAUGGAUAUAAGUUACAAUGCCUCCUGGUUGCAUUUAGUUUUAUUGCCAUCCUAUGAAUAAAUAGGUUUAAAAAUGCCACUGUUGCUGAAAUUAUGUUUACAACUGCCUGUACUCAGGAAGUGCCAAACAUUAAUUCAGUAGUUUGUAGAAUCUAUGGAGCCAAGCAUACAUCUCGCCAUAAGCUACCCUGAAUCUAAGAGCAAUACUGUAUAUGAAUGCAGAUAUAUCCUUGAUGACUUUUCAAUAUGUAUAGUCCUUUAUUAAUAUAUGUUAUUCAUAAUAGGACACAGGGCCUUACUGAUAUACAGUACAUUCAAUACGUUAAACAAUUGUUUUAAAAGUGAUAUUCACAAGGUGAGGUCAGAGAAUAGAUUAUUUCUUAAAAUACUAAUACACACAAUGUUUUAAAACACUCAUAUAAUCUAAAAAUAUGUGACAGAACAUACAAAAUCUAAUUUCUUUAAUGAAUCUACUUUUUAAGUAACAUGCACAUUUAGGGAAACUUUAUAGAAGCUUAAAGAAUGCAUAAUAUGGGUCUUAUAUGUUGCAGUUUUUUAACAACUGUAUUGGGCUUUAAAUACAGACUGGAUCUGGAUAUUGUACAGUUACAUUUUGGUUUGUUCCUGCCAGAUGGUGAAAGUUUAUGUGUUGUUUCUGUUUAAAUGCUGUUUGUUAAUUUAAUGCAUACUACUGUUAAACAAUACUUUCACUGGAAUAUUGUAUGAUCUGUUUGGAAUGAGUACAAUCAUUCAUAUACACCAAAGGAAAAAAAAAGAAAAGAAAAGAAAAUACUUCUUAACAUAUAUUUUUUUAAGCCAUUAUUUUCUCAUAAAUGCAUUUACUUUUUAAUUCACAUCAUUUAUUUUUAAAAAAUAAAAUUGUACAUUUUGAUUCCUUAAA